CCACUUCCGGCUAGCGCGAGGGGCGCGCGGGCCGGGACGGCGCCAUGGCAACAACGACCCCGAAGGUGCCGGAGGUUCGGGACGUGACGCGGAUCGAGCGCAUUGGUGCGCAUUCCCACAUCCGCGGCCUAGGCCUCGAUGAUGCGUUGGAGCCUCGGCAGGUAUCCCAAGGCAUGGUUGGACAGUUGGGCGCCCGCCGCGCCGCCGGCGUCAUCCUGGAGAUGAUCAAGGAGGGGAAGAUCGCGGGCAGAGCUGUGCUCAUCGCCGGCCAGCCCGGCACCGGCAAGACCGCCAUUGCUAUGGGAAUGGCGCAGGCGCUGGGAGCCGACACCCCCUUCACGGCCAUUGCGGGCAGUGAGAUCUUCUCCCUGGAGAUGAGCCGCACCGAGGCCCUCACCCAGGCCUUCCGGCGCUCCAUCGGCGUCCGCAUCCGGGAGGAGACGGAGAUCAUCGAAGGGGAAGUGGUGGAGAUCCAGAUCGACCGCCCCGCCACCGGCACCGGCACCAAAGUGGGGAAGCUGACGCUGAAGACGACGGAGAUGGAGACCAUUUAUGACCUGGGCACCAAAAUGAUCGAGUCCUUGACCAAGGAGAAGGUGCAGGCAGGGGACGUCAUCACCAUUGACAAGGCCACUGGGAAGAUCUCCAAGCUGGGGCGCUCCUUCACCAGGGCACGGGACUACGACGCCAUGGGGGCACAGACCAAGUUCGUGCAGUGCCCCGACGGGGAGCUGCAGAAGCGGAAGGAGGUCGUGCACACGGUGUCCCUGCACGAGAUCGACGUCAUCAACAGCCGCACCCAGGGCUUCCUCGCCCUCUUCUCGGGUGACACCGGCGAGAUCAAGGCUGAGGUGCGGGAGCAAAUCAACGCCAAGGUGGCCGAGUGGCGCGAGGAGGGCAAGGCCGAAGUGAUCCCGGGGGUGCUGUUCAUCGAUGAGGUUCACAUGCUGGACAUCGAGUGCUUCUCGUUCCUGAACCGGGCCCUGGAGAGCGACCUGGCCCCCGUGCUCAUCAUGGCCACCAACCGCGGCAUCACCCGGAUCAGAGGCACCAACUACCAGAGCCCCCACGGGCUCCCCAUCGACCUCCUGGACCGGCUCCUGAUCAUCUCCACGGCGCCCUAUAGCGACAAGGAGACCAAGCAGAUCCUCAAGAUACGGUGCGAGGAGGAGGACGUGGAGAUGACGGACGACGCGUACUCGGUGCUGACGCGCAUCGGGCUGGAGACGUCCCUGCGCUACGCCAUGCAGCUCAUCACCGCCGCCAGCCUGGUGGCCAGGAAGAGGCAGGGGGGGGAGGUGCAGGUCGAGGACAUCAAACGCGUUUAUUCCCUGUUCCUGGACGAGUCCCGCUCCACCCAGUACAUGCGGGAGUACCAGGAGGCCUUCCUGUUCAACGAGCUGCAGAGCGAAACCAUGGAAACACCGUGACCCCCCCCCACCCCCGU